UGGAGCGGGGCCGGGGUGGGGGCUGCAGCAGCGGCGGCCGGGGGCGGUGUUGUGAUGGUGCCGUGACGGUGCCGUGACUCCCCGCGGGAGUCCAGGCCGCCCUGCCUGGAUGCGGGGCCAGCGGCCGAGCCCACCCCCGUCCGCGCGGUGACGGGAGCCGGGCUCGCCUCCCCCUCCCCGAGCGCUGAAGGGCCGCGGGGGGGGCCCGGCGCCCCCUCGUCCCCGGCCUGCGGGGCCCCUUUGUUUCCCAGGUGCGGAGGGGAAGGAGGAGGAGGAGGAAGGGGAAGAUGGGCAGCGAGGCGCUGUGGCUUUUCAAGCAGCUGAACCUCCACCUGGAGCUGGAGGGACGGUUCCAGCCCCGCGAGAAGGGGCUCAGCCUCAUCGAGGCCGCCGCCGAGAAUGAAAACACUCUGUGUCCAAGACAAAGGAAUGCCAAGGUGGAAGAUCUUUGGAGCCUGACCAACUUCUUUGGAUUUGCAACCGAAACGUUUGUUUUGGCUGUCAACAUCCUGGACAGAUUCUUGGCCCUUAUGAAGGUGAAGCCAAAGCACUUGUCCUGCAUUGGAGUUUGCUGCAUCCAGCUGGCCGCCCGUGUCGUGGAGGAGGAAUGCAACAUCCCCGCUGCUCCCGAGAUCAUCCGGAUCAGCCAAUGUAAAUGCACUGUGUCCGACCUGAAACGGAUGGAAAAGAUCAUUUCAGAAAAGUUGCACUUUGAAUUUAAAGCUACUACUGCCUUAACCUUCUUGCACUUGUACCAUACUAUUGUACUCUGUCAUACCUCAGAAAGGAAAGAAGUAUUGAAUCUGGACAAGUUGGAAGCACAGCUGAAAGCUUGCAACUGCCGUCUGGUCUUCUCUAAAGCAAAACCAUCUGUCUUGGCCUUGUGCCUUCUCACUCUGGAAGUUCAGAUGUUGAAAUCCGUUGAGCUGCUGGAGAUCCUUCUGCGUGUUCAGAAGCAUUCAAAGAUAAGUGACGGUGACCUACUUUACUGGAGGGAGCUGGUCUCGAAAUGCCUGGCAGAGUAUUCCUCCCCUGAGUGCUGCAAGCCUGACCACAAGAAGCUGGUUUGGAUUGUUUCCAGACGAACAGCCCAGAACCUCCAGAACAGCUACUACAGCGUUCCCGAGUUGCCAACGAUUCCGGAGGGGGGAUGUUUCAACGGGAGCGAGAGUGAAGACUCCUGUGAAGACAUGAGCAGCGGAGAGGAAAGCCUGAGCAGUUCUCCUCCCAGUGACCUGGAAGGCACCUUCUUCUUUGAACUCAAACCCAAACCCAAGUGGCCAACUCUCAGCUGUGGGUCUUAGCAUUACAUCUGGACUGUAUUAGGUUGAGAUCUCUAAUGCACCAUAGAGUCUUUUGGCAAUAAUAAAUAAGGUGGUAAUCCGUAAACCGUAUUAAGGCAAAGACUUGCUGUGGUAUAUCAGUGCUUUGAAUGCCUGCCUUGAUUUUUCUUGUUGUUGUAAUUUUAAGGAAUUAAAAACAAAACACUUUCAGGUCCCCAGAUCAGCAAAAAAGAAAGUUCUUGUAUAGCUCUGUUGUCAGCAGCCAUGAAUGUAGCCCUGUACCUGGUGGUCCAAACCCCUCAGCAGCUCAACACCUGAGCUGAUUUCAGGGUCUUGACUGAGAAGCAUGGACCAAGAGUGAGAGGCUUUCCUGGAAUUUAAAUGUGCUCCAUGGGGACAGUCAAGCAUGGGAUUGGCCCAGGAGGAGCUGUGCAGUCCUUGUCCUGGGAUGUUUUGGGUUUCAGCAUGACAAACACCCGGGCUUGGCUUGAAUUCAGCUUUGACCCUGCUUUGAGCAGGAGGUUGGCCUGGAGCCCCUCUGGAGGGCAGCUCCACUCCCUGCUGCGGUGGGAUUAGAUCCAGCAGGCUGAGUAGGUUGUGUGGAAUGGUGUGUGGACGUAGUGCCAGGCUGGAAUGAUUUACUCUCCGAUGGGCCAAACACAAACUGCUUUUCCUUUUCAGCAGGGUCUUGAGUUGUGUACUCCAAGUAGCAAUUUUUUGAAGCUUGGCUUUUAUUAACUUCAGGGAUCCCUAUUUCACACCAGGAGUGUGUGUGGUCAGCAGGAGUUUUCUAGUCAAUCUAGUUUUCACUGAGACAGUACAAAGUGCGUGGCCAGGAGUAAUUUCAUGUUUCCUUUAAUACGGCUGUUUUUACCCCGAAAUCCACCUUGUAUACUUCCGUGUCUUUCCAAUCCUAACAUGUCAAUCCAUGCUAUUAGCUUAGACUUCUUAACAUGGUAAACCCUGCUAAGUCUACAUUCCUUUGAAUAUUUAACCCCUGUAGUUGUUUUUCAGUAUAUUCAUGUUAUUGAUUGAGUCAUAAUCAGACUUGUUUGCAUGCUGAUGUGAAGCAGUUAGUGCAGGAGAAGUUGGUAUUAUGCAGUAAUAUCAGGUAAAUGUGACGGUGAAGUAGUUGAUGUAACGGUUUUUCCUCUGAACUGUGUUAUCAAAGCACAAAUUGAAGUAUGAUGGUGUCUCUCCGUGGUGAGAACACAGCUAAAGCAGAUUAAACGAGCUCAGAAUCACGGUGUGAGGUUGUGGUGGUGCCAAAGUAGAAAUGAAGGAGCAAACAAGCUUAAAAGCUGUUCCGUAGGUGCAAGCGUUGCUUUAGGAAGGUAAGAGUGAUGCUGUUCAAGUCCAUAACUGUUAUGUGAUUUCAGUUUUCUAAAAACACACAAAAAAAAAAAGUUUACAAAAAAUGUAUAUGAAAAUGUAAAUUAAAAAAAUGUACAGAAAAAAAAAAAUUUAAAAUUAAAAAACCGAGCAGAAAAUACUGUAUUUUUUUACAUUGUAUGUAACUUUUUGUAGGUCUGUGGCAUGUAGAUAGUAAUUUAUUGUGUACUCUGUAUGAUACAAAUACUGUACCUCUGAAGACUUCUUGCUGCAAGUCUCUGCUCCCUUCAGGAGUCCUUGGGUGAGGAACCUACUGAGUCUUGUUUCAGUUGACAACAAAAAUAAACCAAGUGCUGUAUUUGUUAA